CUCGUCAAGACCACAAGUCUGCUAAACUCAAUACGAGCCCGCCUCGACCGAGCGCUGUACACAACCGCCUCUAUAUCUCAAAGCUACCCAGAAUCUUACAGCUUUAAUCAUGGCUUCCUCCGCCGUUAUUCCCCCGUCUUCAUCUUUUAUCACUAACAAGGAUCUGUCUGCUUUUUCUUCACCUUCACUGCCAUUUUCUUCAAUACCCAAAUGCAAGAAAUCGAUUUCCAAGAGAAUUGUAUCCGUUAUGGCUCCUCACCAAUCAGAACGCACGCCUGCCACCACUGGUUCGGUGAAGACUGCAAUGACAAUGACUGAGAAAAUAUUUGCUAGGGCCUCUGAGAAAGCUCAGUUGAGCCCAGGUGAGAAUGUUUGGGUCAAUGUUGAUACCUUGAUGACUCAUGAUGUUUGCGGCCCGGGUUCCAUUGGUAUCUUUAAGAGAGAGUUUGGGCAAAAUGCUAAGGUUUGGGACCGUGAAAAAAUUGUUAUUAUACCGGAUCAUUAUAUAUUCACUGCCGAUGAACGUGCAAACCGUAAUGUGGAUAUAUUGAGGGAUUUCUGCCAGGAGCAAGAUAUAAAGUAUUUCUAUGAUAUUAAGGAUCUUAGUAAUUUCAAGGUUAACCCUGAUUAUAAAGGUGUAUGCCACAUUGCUCUUGCUCAAGAAGGUCAUUGUAGACCAGGAGAGGUUCUUUUAGGUACAGACUCUCAUACCUGCACUGCUGGAGCAUUUGGCCAAUUUGCUACUGGAAUUGGCAACACGGAUGCAGGUUUUGUAUUAGGCGCUGGGAAGCUCUUGCUCAAGGUGCCCCCAACUCUGAGAUUUGUAUUGGAUGGUGAAAUGCCUGAUUAUUUACUCGCAAAGGAUUUGAUUUUGCAAAUUAUUGGUGAAAUAUCUGUCUCUGGUGCAACAUAUAAAGCAAUGGAAUUUGUUGGCACAACUGUUGAGAGUUUAAAUAUGGAAGAAAGGAUGACAUUGUGUAAUAUGGUUGUUGAAGCUGGGGGGAAGAAUGGGGUCAUCCCUGCUGAUAGCACUACAUUUAAGUACCUUGAGGAUAAGACUUCUGUUCCUUAUGAACCUGUUUAUAGUGAUGAGAAAGCAAGAUUUCUGUCUGAGUACAGAUUUGACGUCUCAACACUGGAACCAGUGGUGGCAAAGCCUCAUUCUCCUGAUAAUCGUGCUUUAGCAAGAGAAUGCAAAGAUGUCAAAAUUGACAGAGUAUAUAUCGGAUCUUGUACUGGCGGGAAAACAGAGGAUUUUAUGGCCGCAGCUAAAAUAUUUCUAGCUUCAGGUCAAAAGGUCAAGGUUCCCACAUUUCUUGUGCCUGCGACCCAAAAGGUUUGGAUGGACGUGUAUAGUCUCCCAGUACCAGGAUCUGGCGGGAAAACUUGCUCUCAAAUAUUUGAAGAGGCUGGUUGUGACACGCCUGCAAGUCCUAGUUGCGGUGCUUGUUUGGGAGGACCUAAAGACACAUAUGCACGUAUGAACGAACCAAUGGUCUGUGUGUCGACGACAAACAGAAACUUCCCGGGUCGUAUGGGACAUAAAGAAGGCGAGAUCUAUCUUGCUUCGCCCUAUACAGCAGCAGCAUCUGCCUUGACUGGUUAUGUUACUGAUCCACGAGAGUUCUUGCGGUAAGCUAUGUUACUGCUUAUUUAAUAGCAUUCCCGCUGUUGGUGUUUUUUGAGAGAUUAUGUUCUUCUGAUGUAUUUGCCUAUUUUUGACACGUGAUCGGAACAUUUUCAACCAAACAUGUUGAUUGUAUACGAGCUAAUUAAUAUAAGCACAAUCAAACAUUACUCA